AUGCUCAGAACGUACUCGAGGGCUUGUAGCCCGUGGACAAGACACUUGUCGCGAAGCUCGAUUUUGUCCUUCCAGUCGAAGCCAUCGAUACUCAAGAAUUUGAAACAAGAGCAAGAAGCUACGGAAUCGCCAAUCGAGAUGGCCAAAGAUUCACACCUAGCGCCAGUUGAACACCAUUUCAAAGUCGCCCCGCGUCAGCCGACAACUAAAGCGCCAUUUUUGUCGGAGCAGGAAGAUGAUCCCAACGCACAUUUAUCAACAUUCAAACAAAAGAUUGGGCAAUGGGUCAUUUCAACAUUUGGAAUGGAUAUGGACAAGUCGAGAAGCGGGCCCGUUGCCGGCGGUAUAUAUUUUGCUGAGUGCAAGAGGCAAGCGCUUAUUUAUCCCGAUGAGCCCAUGAGCGAUACUGCCAAAUUCUACUACCAAACCUUGGGCUUACCGGUGUCGUUUUCACAGCAGGUGCUGAUUAUCAUUUUGCAUUACUGGAUUUUAUCGGUUCGGAUGAGAGCGUUGCCUUUUAAAUACUCAAAGCAGUACCAACAGAAACUUGUCGAUCGUAUCUUUAGCGAUCUAGAAGCGAGAAUGAGCACCGAGUUGGCAAUCAAGUCCAAUAGAAUCAUUGAAGGUUAUUUGAAAGAUUUCCACACCCAACUCUUGGGAUGUGUUUUGAGUUACGACGAAGGGUUGAUGACCGAUGAUGUCACGCUUGCUUCCGCCUUGUGGAGAAAUGUGUUUAGUGCCAGCGACGACGUGGAUGUGAGACACGUGGAGGCCUUGUUGGUUUAUGUCCGGUCGCAGUUGUAUGUGUUGAACAAGAUGUCGGAUCGAGCCUUUGGUUUCGGGAAAUUCAGGUUUGUGCCCCCUGAUCAAGUGGUUACACCAAUCUCCAAACACCAAGAAGAGUUGAUAAGGGAAAAAACCAAAGCUGAAUUCGCUCAAAUGACUCAACCAUCACAUCAAUCUGUUUUAUCAAUGGACGAGUGA